AUGAAGAAACUGAAAGAGGUGAUAGGAAAAAUGAAGGACAAAGCAUCACAAAGCAAAGCUGCAAUUUUAUCAAAACGGAAAACGCUUUCUCUCUUACGCGCCACAUCCCACGACUCUUUCGCCCCUCCAACACAUAAACAUCUUACCACCCUUCUUUCCUCUGGCGACGGUUCACGCGCCACCGCAUCCACCGCCGUUGAGCUUCUCAUGGACCGCCUCCAAACAACUCAUAAUUCAGCGGUGGCUCUUAAAUGCUUAAUCGCCGUCCACCAUAUUAUCAAACACGGCACCUUCAUCCUCCGUGACCAGCUCUCCGUGUACCCUUACAACGGUGGUAGAAACUAUCUCAACCUCUCUAACUUCCGGGACAAAACAAGUUCGGUCUCAUGGGAACUCUCUUCUUGGGUUCGAUGGUACGCGCAACACAUAGAGCAUCUUCUAUGUGCUUCUAGAAUACUCGGUUACUUCCUCGGCGAAACGACAAUGGACGAGGGAAGAGUUUCGAGUCUGGUAACUGGUGAUCUGUUGAGAGAAAUAGAUUCUUUGGUGGAGAUGAUGGAAGGGAUUGGAAAAAGACCAAAUAGUCCGAUAAUGGAACAGCAGAACAAGGUGGUUGUUGAGAUAAUGGAUUUGGUGGAAGAGGAUGGAGUUGUGGUUGUGAAUGAAGUUUUGGUUAGAGUUAAGGAAUUUGGAGAGAGGGAGAGAUUGGGUUGUCUUGGUUUUGGAGAAGUUGUGGAAUUGGUUUGUGUUUUGAAGAGAUUGGAGAUGUGUCGAGAGAGAAUGAUUAUGGUGAUGGAGGAGAAGAAGUUUUGGAAUUUGGUGAGAGAAUUGAAGGAAAAGGUUGGGAAGAUGAAGGUGUAUAGGGAAGAAAGAAAGGUUUACAGAACGGUUGGAAAAGACAGAGGAACUGAGUCGGUUCGGUUUUGA